CUUCGCAUACUUUGCUUUGUGAGCUUCACCACAGAUAGUAUCCGCCAUUAUGUCCACGACUUCGGACGGUCCUUUCUACAGAUCCCUUCCAAUUUUGGUUGGUUACUUGCUCGUAUGUGCAAGCCUCACAGGAUACAUUGUUCAUUCGCUCUACAGCCGACUGCGAUACCUGAGGCAGCAUGGGCAAAAGCGAGCAGAGCAUCGCUACAUACCAUUAUUUGCGACCCUUGCAAUUCUCAGCCUCGGUGCCACAUGGUACCAUAUGUUCUCCUUCUUCGCAUAUUCCUAUCGGGACUGGGCAUGUCGGACGGGAUUUGUGGAAAGCACACCACUGACGGCGCGGGAUCUUGAGCUCUGGCUAAAGGACACAAAGCUCUUCCGGGAAGCUUGGGGAGCAGUCGUGGAGUCGCCAUGGCGGUUCUGGUGGAGCGAGCAGAUCUUCUUAUGGACAACUGGAUGGAGUCUUUUCUUGGGCAUUUCCGGCCGCCGCAACCAGAUCCCCCAUAUCUGGGCAUACAUGCUACUUGGGCAAAUCGUCGCCAUUUCAUUCGCCCAGAACCUGUUUUACCUCGCGGUGCUGCUCUAUCGCCCGGUUCCAGUCGAUAAGAGGCCUUCCCCACACAUAUGGGCCUAUUCUGUCGUUAUCGAACUCUUGCCUCUUGCAAUUUCGCUGUUCAUAACCGCCCUCGUCCCGUCUACCCUAUCCACGCCAUACUUCUUGUUCGUCCUGCUUGUACCGCACGUCGUGCUCUUUAUCCCGGCAAUUGUGAACCCUGAGAAGGCGCCGAAGUCGCUACGCAGUCUCCAUUAUAGCGUCGAGGCAGCGACAAGAUGGUACAUUUCCGUCUUUUGGGUCCUCUCUGCGGUAUCAUCUUUGCUUCUUUCCUUGUCGACAUUUUCUGCUCUGGCGGACAAUUCCCCACCCCCAUUGCGACGUGCACGAGAUAGCUGCGCGUUGGAGAGGUCCGGCGAAAGCUCAGGAAACCCAUGGGAGAGAUCCCUGGCGACUAUUUUUGAGCACCCAGCUGUCAGUAGCGUAAGUUGGGAUGCUAUCUUUUGCACCAUUGGGUUUGCUUUGUGGGCGCUCGUACACUCGUUCUAUGUGCGUGAUAUGGUAUGGGGGCCAUUGGAGACUUCAAAUCGUGAUAAUGAGCGAAAGCAGCGGUAAACUGCACUGCUGCAGUAGUCUGUUAGAACUUAUAUAAAUCAGAAUCUAUUUAGUCUAUGGGA